CAAAAAAAGAAAACAACGCAGGAGAACAGACCGGCAGUUGGAUCCGGUGACAAUGGCGCGCCAGCGCGUUGAAUGCAGCUCAAUAGGACAGCCCGACAACGCCAACAACACGAGCGCGAGCACCAAAGGGCAGUCAACGGCUGUAAUGCUGCAUACUUUGAGCGGAAGAUGUGUCCAACAUGCGCGCAUGCGUAUCAUAUUCAUAUGCAGACUAUAUGCAACAAGUAGGUAUAAAAGUACGUUUCGAUUGGCCAGACCACAUUAGACGCAGUGAAACAAUUGAAUCAGUCACAACAGCCACUAAUCCUCCGCAAACAAGAGCGAUUUAAAAAAAAACGCAAUUGCAGCAAUCAAUCAUUAUGAAAGCUAUAUAUGUGCUCACCUUCCUCGCCGCCGUCAGCUCUUUCGCCUGCAUCAGUGCUGGUCUCAUCGGACAUGGAGUACCUGUGCCCAUUGAAUUGGAGGAGCAUAGUCCACCUCAGUAUGAGUUCCACUAUUCCGUGCACGAUAGUCACACUGGUGAUGUAAAGGAUCAAUUUGAGCAUCGCCAUGGCGACUAUGUGACUGGGCGUUAUUCGCUUAUCGAGCCCGAUGGUCAGCGUCGUGUGGUGGAAUAUAACUCGGAUCCCUUGUUGGGUUUCACCGCUCAAGUGCAUCGGGAAGUGCCGGUAAUACGUCAAUUGCCAAUACCAGUACAUCACCGUUAAAUUUGGCAACGCAGGAAAAUUAAGCAAAACACACAUACUGGUACAUUUAUUUACAUAUGUAUGUAUGUGCAUACAUUCAUAUUAUAAGAUCUGUUCAAAAGCAUAUUGUAUACAUCCACAUCUGCCUACAUACGACAUAUACAUACAUACAUACUUACAUAUAAUCCAUAUAGAAAAAUUAUACACAGUUGUCCACAUACGAAAUAACUUCACCUGCGAGGAAAGGAAAAUUAUAGAAGCCCGUAUAUUUAGUUGUUGUUUUGAAAGAAAAAAAAAUACUCUGUACAAAGUCUUUGCUCUAUUCAUCUUCAUUGCUGAAACUGUAUAUUCUUAACUAUUUAUUACAAAUUUCGUAGUCAGAUCCAUACGUAUGAUACUUAUGUAUCCUUCCGAAUAUUUUUUAUCUGUGUAAGAGAAAUCAAAUUUCUGAAAUGCCAGGAUCGCAAUUGCAACAGUCUGAAAAUGUAAUGUGGACGACGUUUUACUCAUACAGUUAAAUAAAUACCUACCUACAUUCAAAAACCUUGUUCACGAAAUUUAAUUUUACGGCUUUGCUUACGAAUUCACGAACACUGAUAAAUAAAUAAAUAUAGUUUUGCAAAUU